AUGAUUGGUGGAGGUAUUGCUUUUUAUCCAACACUUGCUUACAAUUUAUUCCGUAAUUAUAUUCAACCAACAAAAUGGAGUUGGUAUUCUCGUGUAAAUGAUACUUUAAUACUUGGGGCAAUUCCUUUUUCUUCAAUGCUUGAAGUUUUGAAAAAUGAGGAAGGAGUUGGGGGAGUUGUUUGUUGUACAGAACAAUUUGAAUUGGAUGCCGCUUGGGGAGCGAUAAAACCAAAAGAAUGGAUAAAUAAUGGAAUUGAAUUUCAUCACACGCCAAUGAAGGAUUUUUUUGGAACAACUUCCCAAAAAGACAUGACUAGCGCUGUUGAAUUUAUUGAAAGGAUAACAAAUCAAGGCAAAACUUGUUAUAUUCAUUGCAAGGCUGGAAGAACGAGAAGUGCAACAGUCGCUGUUUGCUAUUUAAUGUAUAAAUAUGGACAAAAUGUUGAAGAAGCGAAAGCAACACUUUCUAAAGUAUUUUAAUAGUAUCUUAUUUAAAAAAAUUUUUUAAAGCAACGCCCACAAAUUUUGCUUCAUGAAGUACAUAUGCAAACUGCAAAUGAAUUUCGUCAACAUCUUGAUCGGAUAAAAGAAG